ACUGAAAUAGCGAAAUAGAAUUACCGAAAAACCGUACCCCACUCUCACUGUAAACAGGCAACUCGCAAAAAUGGGCACGCCACUGUUGAGUUGUUCAUCAUACAGAUAUGACGGCGUUACACUUGUUCCACGUGGCUCGCCGCCAUCAACUCUGUAUCACAAUCCUACAAGAUUCACUCUUUCUUAUUGCAGAAAAUCUAUGGUCAAAAUGUCAAUUAACUCACCCCCAAUAAACAGCAUUGUUUUGGUGGCCGUGGCUUUGGAUUUCUUGGUUACUGUUGAUUCUUAUCCUAAGCCUGAUGAUAAGAUUCGUAGCACUACCUUUCAGGUUCAAGGAGGAGGGAAUACUGGGAAUGCUAUGCCUUGUGCAGCUCAUUUGGGUUUAACUCCAAGAAUUAUAUCAAAGGUGGCAGGUGACUCUCAAGGGAAAAGAAUACUGAAUGAGCUAGAAGCUGAUGGCAUUGAUACAUCUUUUAUUGUGGUGAGCCAGCCACAUUUCAACCAAGAAAGCUUUUGUGCGUCUUGCACUUUUCUCUUGCAACCUACAUUGUUUGCUCAACAAGAUUUCCACAGGCAAGCUAUUUACUUCAGCAAACUGCCCUUCAGUGUCCUUUGUUGCACAUUUUGGUUGGACUUCCAUGGUUCUACUACAUGGACCGAGGCUCCUUCUAUAUCAGGCGGAUUGAUUUCCAUACUUUUAAAGUUGCCAAGUGCCAAAUUUGUAAUUGUGACAUUGGGUGAAGAUGGCUGCAUAAUGCUAGAAAGAGCAGAAGCUGGUAUCCUAUGUGACUUGUUUGAAAAAAUGAAACAGAGUAUAGAUACUACCUCAACUGAGCCAACAUGCAAAACCUGCAAAACCUCGGAUGUAGCAAAGCUGCAUGCAAAAGGGAUUGGAGCUGUGUGUGGUUGGCUUCUGGUUGGAACAGCUGAAAAGAUACCGUCCUCGGAACUAGUUGAUACAACUGGUGCCGGAGAUGCAUUUGUUGGAGCAGUUCUUUAUUCUCUCUGCGCCAAUUUUCCACCAGAAAAGAUGUUGAGUUUUGCUGCUCAAGUGGUAACAUUGAAGAGCAGGUUCGUGUGGCGCGCCGAGAACUUGCUACUUCUCGAGAUCUUUCUGUGAGCCCACAUGUCUGUUCGUGGGGCACCUCUCUAUGUUAUUUCAUUUACUUAGAUUUUUUGGCAGCAUCCCAAAACUUUAGAUACUCUUUAUUUCGUAGAAGCUCCUUAGAUGGUUGUUGAACUAUGGGUAGUGUUAUAGAUGUUUUUCCAUCAUUGUUGGGGCAUGUUGUCAUGUUAUAUUUAAGCAUGGAUUUAGAUUUCCGCUGUUUUGUUUUAAUGAGCAUGACUUUAUCUUGGAUAUUUGCA